CGUGGCAUCCGCAUGUCUGGUACUCCUUUCUUCUUCUUCCAGUACUUAUAACGUACCUGACAGUGGUCGUAGGUCUCUCAAACUCGCAAGACACAAGAGGAGUUCCUAUAAACUGUCAAUCCAAUAAGAUUUUCGCUUGCAGCCAAGAUUAACUCCAAUCCUUGUGGCAGGAAUACGCUAUGCUCAGUCAGAGCCGAUGACUUCUCACCGAACAUGCGUUAGAUCUUUGGCCAUUACCGGAGAUACACACUUGCCGGUACGGGAGAAUUGGAAUGGUUGAGCGGUAAAGACAUAAUAAACCCUAUUACCCUUUCUGCGUUUCCAAAUGAACGUCUGAACCAAAAAUGAACGACAGCGGCUAAGCACGUUUUUUCGCCUCCUGACUGGGAUGUUGAACGUCGACCCUUUCUUAUAUGUGGCGUCCCUAGUUCUCCCCUCCAACAGAAACCACCUCCCCUCCCCUCCCUCCCUUCGAAUGGAUACCUCACUUGGAGACCGGCGCACCUCGCUGCUUGACCUAGAAUCCAAACUCCUCCACGAGCUAUCCGUCGUUCGCUCGAAUCUCAAUCAACUAUGUCCUAUCAUUUCCCUCUUCCCCACCGAAAUUUUCCAGAUCAUAUUCGCAUUUUGUGGAGCUCACGAAAACAUCCGGUCCAAAUACCGCCUUGCGUUCACCCAAGUCUGUCGACACUGGCGCACCCUCUCACUAGGGAUGCCUUCGUUAUGGUCAACAAUCGACCUUAGUGACCUUCCCUACGCUGCACUAUGCCUUUCGAGGUCAGGAGAAGCGUCAGUUUCGUUGGUUUCGACGACCUGCACGGAGUUUGUAGGGGGGGUGGCGAUGGCAGAAGCGAGAAAUAGGAUAUGCAAGAUAGACGUCGUUUCGUUUCCCAACUCCAUGCUUCGACUGUUCUGCAGUAUUGUGGGGUUCGCAUGUGAGUUUCCAAAUCCCAAGAUGUCUAUUCCUGGAAAUCUAGAAUUGGCAAAUCUCAACACCCUCGCACUUCGUAUUCCUACAAUCUCCGACCCUGUCGAUCUUUCUCCUUUUCACCUUGGCUCGGUAAAGAGGUUGUCGUUGUCGGGCGUUGGGGUGUGUUGGGAAACUACGAGUUCGGAUUUGAAAGUUCUGGAGUUGAGCAGGCUGCCUGGUCAUCUCGCGCCGACGAUGGAAGAGUUGUUGGGGAUCUUUGAGAGAGCGAAAGAGUCGAUUGAGGGGGUGUAUUUGGAAGAUGUUUCUUCCACCGGGGUUGAUGAGUUUCCUCCUUGGACUGAGCGAAUCCAGGCUCCUUGUCUCCGGAAGUUCAGCGUCUCUUCAAGAAGCCGGGAAUUCGUGGAGGCGAUCGUCUCAGUGUUGACUAUUGGACCUCAUACGGAGGUGGUGGUGGGCUGCGGGGGUAUGAGGAUGGUGGUGGUUGAUGGCAAGUUGGUUGAUCCUGAGGCCAAGGAAGAUGAUACCUUAGAUACUCAGGAGUCGAAUGCUGUGGUAGUGGAAGAUCGCUAUCCGUUUUGA